ACGGCAGGUUACAGUAGUGUGAUCACUUUCACUGUGGCACCCACCAGGUCGCUCCUCCUCUAGCGCCACGAACACGCGACACGCUGACGGGAACACUUGUGUCGCAUCUCUGAGGGAGUGAGUAGAUUAGGGAUGGCCGAGUCGGUGACGUGUGAGCUGUGUUCGGAGAUCUACGAAACUGACCCACGUGACCCUAUCCUCCUACCCUGCGGUCACACCUUCUGCCGCAGCUGUAUCACCAAAGUCAAGGAAGCCGAUGAAACAGCCUGUCCCUCAUGCAGCCUAGAUUUUAACGACAUUGAUGUUGAGGAUUUACCUGUUAACUUUCAAAUUCUAAGUUUAUCAGUAACUUAUACGAAAUCUCAGCAGGACAGGUGUGUUACCCACGGCGAUGAGCUCAAGUACUGGUGCAGGGACUGUGAGGCCUCCCUGUGUAGUCUUUGUCUCUACACCGACCACCCUCAAGGCCACCAUGUGCUCCUGGCCAAGACCUUCCUCGAGAAGAAGAAACUGUCACUCAAGGAAGAAACUUUAUCUUUCAAUAAUUCACUGAAAGAAAUGAUGAAUGAAGUAAACAGCAACUUUAAAAAGUGCUUCCAGAAGAUGAAAAUACUGAGUCAGUUACAGGCGGAUGUGGUCGGCCUCAUCACUGAUCUACAGAAGGCUUGUAGCAUCAAACCCAUCCUCCUGUUAGAGGAAAAAUUAAAAGGUCUUCAGAACAAGGGAUUGGGUCCACUCUCACACGAUGGCACAGAAAUUCUCGGUGCUGUAGGAGGAGCUGCACCUGUUUGUGAUGGAGCUGCAGAAGUGAUCCAGGCCGGUGCAACCCUUGACCAGCGGGUGACAAAGCCUGGCAGCGUCAAAAAUGGUGACAGAGGCCGCGCCAGGCUGGACUGUCGUGAUGGGAGGCUUGUGGUCCAUUCCCUCACUCACCGAGCCGACCAUCGACUCUUCUUACAGGUAAUUAUGAACGAUUAGUUCUUUAGUGUCCAA